AUAACAUGUCUUAGGAUUAUCUCAACACCUUUCUAAUUUUUUAAGUGCGGCAGUGUUUUCUAUGUGGUUUUACAAAGACAAAAAAGUGCGUUCGUUAAAUUUUAGGAGAAACCGGAGCCGCUCAAAAAUUAACUGUUAGGUUUGAAAAGACGUUAGGAGAAUAGUACAAUGGCGGUGUUUGGCUUGGUGUCAUCGGUUGCGGGCUUCGUGAAGGUCCGCUACCUGAUCGACAAAGCGGUCAUCGACAACAUGGUCUUCAGAAUGCACUACCGCAUCACCUCUGCCAUACUGUUUCUGUGCUGUAUUCUCGUCACCGCCAACAAUCUUAUUGGCGAACCGAUCUCGUGCAUCAACGACGGUGCCGUACCUGGGCACGUGCUCAAUACGUACUGCUGGAUUACUUACACCUUCACACUUCCCAACUCAGACUCUAAGGCCAUCGCUCAUCCCGGCCUCGGGAACGACUACGAAGAGGAGAGACGCAUUCACGCUUACUAUCAGUGGGUGCCAUUCAUGCUGUUCUUUCAGGGUAUUCUAUUUUAUUUGCCACAUUGGAUAUGGAAGAACUGGGAAGAAGGAAAAGUGCGAAUGAUCUCAGACGGUAUUCGUGGUACUGCCGCCAACAUUGCUGACGACAAAAACAAUCGACAGAGUCGUUUGGUUCAAUAUUUAAUGGACACUCUGCACAUGCACAACGCCUAUUCAUUUGGUUACUUCUUCUGCGAAGUUCUUAAUUUUAUCAAUGUGGUCGGAAACAUUUUCUUCCUGGAUACAUUCCUGGGUGGAGCAUUUUUGACCUACGGUACUGAAGUAGUCAAGUUUUCGAAUAAGAAUCAGGAAGACCGAACGGAUCCUAUGAUUGAGGUGUUCCCCAGAAUAACCAAGUGCACAUUCCACAAAUUCGGUGCAUCUGGAACGAUCCAGAAACACGAUGCCUUAUGCGUGCUUGCGUUAAACAUUUUGAAUGAGAAGAUCUUUAUUUUCCUUUGGUUCUGGUUCAUUAUCCUGUCUGUUGUCUCUGGCUUGGCUAUCGUGUACUCCGCGGCUGUGAUUCUGAUGCCAAGAACUCGCGAGACCAUCCUCAAGAGGAGAUUCCGAUUCGGGACACCGAACGGUGUGGAGGCGUUAGUAAGAAAGACUCAGGUGGGAGAUUUCCUGCUUCUUCACCUACUUGGUCAGAAUAUGUCGCUGCGAGUGUUUGGUGAAGUACUAGACGAACUAUCUCGGAGGUUGCACCUCGGUUCUAAUGCACCUUCAGCGCCAUCUACUUUGGAGAUGGCUCCUAUUUAUCCCGAUAUUGACAAAUUCUCCAAAGAGACUGAGACGUAGGACACGAAGGUAACCGGCCUAGGCAGGUGAGCGUAACAUUAUUUUAUUAGGAA